AUGAUAAAAAUAUUAACAAAAAUUAAUAGGCAUAGUUAUUUAAACUUUUUUUUAAUGGAGAGGAACUAAUCUAAAUUAUAAAUUUAUUGUAAGUUAAUUCAAAUUAAGUACAAUAUUGUUGAGAGCAAUUAGAAAGUUUCAAUGUCUAAUUUUUUAAAAGUGUUAGUUAGCAAAUUAAAAGAAUAUACUAAGACAUAAUUAGAGAUAAACGAUAUUUGAAAAAUGAAUAGAUAGAAAUAAAGUCUCACAAGCACUAGAUAGAAUAGUGGAUUGUUUUAAGAUAACUGAAUUGAUAGAUCUUUAUAUAGAGGAGAAUAAAAAAGUUUGUGAAGAUAAUUGUAAAUAAGAUAAAAUAAAAACCAUUUCAGAAAUAAGUAAAAUAAAUUUGGUUUAUUUAGUUGAAGG